GGUCGCAGUGCGCUUUCUUUCUUUAGUUACAGCUUUCCUAUUCAACACUAAUGUGGAUGGAUUUUAUUUCGAAAUGCAGCGACUGAUGUCCUCAGCAUGAGCAUCUAGCGUACUUAGAUACAGCGGAAACAGACCGGGUUGGGAAUUGCGUGGAUUUUUUCCUUCAACAUACUCUCCAGUUGUCAAGGCAUGGGAUAAACUUAUCUUGAAAAUGUGGACUUAGCCCCUUCGAAUUGUCGAAGGAGUGAAUUGUAUUGCAGGGGUUUGUGGGGUUGUUUCAGGCACUGGUGAUUCUUGACGCCAGAUUGUUCAGUGCAGGGAGGUAUAAAAUAUACGGGCCUAUCUGAUCUGUUUUAUCUUCCUUUCGUUCCAUUUUAUUUUAAUUAAGGUAUGGGCGCUUUGAUUCAACUAGUUAUUGUUUCAUCCAUAGAGUCUUUCCUGAGACUUUGCCCCCCAUUCGAAAAUAAAAGCCUGAUGCGAAUAGUUACCCCCAACCUGCCACCUUUAUUCUUCACCUUGUAUGUGCGAAUGGAUAUGGGUAUAAUAUGUUCAUCAUUAAAAUUAUACGUGGUGCUUCUGUAUUCUAUUCUGAAUAUUUUAUCUAUUUAUUUAUCUGUAUAGCUAUGGUCAAUUGAGUUUAUUGCUCAUGAUUUUUUUGACAUAGUAAAACGUCGUGCAAUGGAUGAAUCCACAUGCCAAUGGCACUAUAGAAAGGAGUCCAAUAGACCAAUAUAUA